GUUCGAGUGUGUGCUUUUUUUCCUGAUAGCGAAAAGAGGAUUGUAGACGUAAUUAGUCGUGGUGCCUUUACUUUCUGGCUAUGGCCCUGAGAAGUACAAGCAUUGACACAGAAUUUUUUAUCGGAAAGUAAGGAGUGCAUGUAUAAUGUCGUCGGACGAGAACAAGAAGAAAACCGCCUUGGCCGGGAGCAACAGAAUUGCUUUCGCGUUCAAGAAGGAAAACAACAAGCGAGUAGUUUCCCGGCCGGCUCCCCGGAGAAGCAGGUCGAAUGCGGCACCUUCUUCAGAGUUGACGGCGGUAGUGGAUGGCAAGACGCGCCGGCGGAAAGAACCUCCCAGCGAAGAGGACUCCUGUAGUGGAGGGCGCCGUAGCAGCAGUGCUAAAAAUAAUCCUGACACCACUCAUGCCGGAAGAUUAUCAUGUCAAUCGCCCAAACCGGCGCCGUCAAAAUCAAACGGAUCAAAUUCCUGUCGACGGUCUGAUAAAGACGGCGCGGAAAAUCAAAUUGAUCAACAACAUCCCCGCGGCGAGGUGGAGCCACGAUCUUCUAGUCAACUGACGAGCAGGCGGAGUUCUUUAAGUUCGAGCAGCAGCUCGUCCUCCGCGGAGUCCUCGUCUUCCGAGGAGAUGAACGACGAGAAGCCUAUAAUCCGAGGCUACAAACGAACCACCGACUCGAAGGCGAAGAUGAUCAAGGCGUCCUACUUGAACAACCCGAACAAAUUUAUUUCGAGAAGAACCAAAAGACGGGUGGUCAGCGACGUGAGCUCGAGUGAAGAUGAUGUUGACAACUGCAAUUCCGACAGCAGUGAGGAUUGUCCCUACCAGGAGUUCGACGAAGAGUCCCUCCUCCGGCUGCAGGACCACCUCGAGGCGACCCAGGACCUCGACGGCAGGGAGGUGGACACGUCGGUAUUACAAUGAAAAGUGCCCCCAUCCCGGAAUUCGCAGAAGUUUGUCAUGCAAAGUUUCCAAAUGAAAGCUUUUUGUCUUGCAUGAAAGGACUGCGAGCCUUUCUGAUGCAGAAUCUAGGUUCGCAAGGUGCCUUGUGCAUAGCAGAUACGGCCGCUGUUGGGCUCCUUCGCAACACAAAUUCGAGCUAUUCAGCAUGGAAAAUUUGUGAUGCUGAGAUAUGCAAGACGGGGAAUGUUUUUAUUGGAAAGAUUUGCAAUACAAAUGGUGCCAAGGUUGGGGUGGGGGGGUUUUUCAUUGUAAUAAUCGGAGUCGGAAAACGAACUGACGCUGGAGGAGUUUAAAGAUGACUUGGCGAAGUACUGUCACCUAUCAAAUGCAAAUAUGUCUGGGUCUGGAAGAAUGCAACUUGUGAUGCUGCAUUUGGAUUUCAAAAAAAAUCUGUAUUGCCUGAGCAGCAAAGGAAAUGCAAUUUUUGCCACGAGGAGAGGGCAUUUGUCAUUCGGAAUAGGCAUCAUCAUCAAGAAACCCUCAAGAAAUCUGUGAUGCCAGGGCGUGCGUCACGGACGUCGCGGCUCAUGCAAAACGUACAUGACAAGUCUCAGAGUCUUCCAGAACCAGACAGAUUUGCACUCCAUAUCACCGCCACGGCCUUGCCCCGGGGACGGAGAAGAUGCUGCUGCGGCUGGGGGCGAAGCAGUGCCAGAAACUGCUCAACGUUCCCGUCGGCGUGGAGCUGGACCAAAGGGAUUGCACCAUGAAAGAGUUGCCAAGGGACAACAAGUAUCCAUUGCAAAUACAAUGUUUAAGUCGGGCAGUAGAGUGCAAGUCUGUCAUGCUUGCCCGACAGUAAACAAAAGUCUCUCAUGCUUGUUGCGCUACAGUGCCACUUACUUUUCUCAUGUAAGAUUAUAAAGGCGAUCUGUCCUGCUGGCAACGCUAGACAAGGCCGCUCAGAAACUUGUCAUGUGCCGCCGCGCAACACAAUCUGCGUGCCAUUCGGAGAAUCGCAUGACAACUUUCCAGACGCAGACAUGGUUGCAAUGCAUAACAAGUACCACAAGGGCUACUACGUCCGCGGGCUGCUGGGCGACCACGUGCCGAUGGAACCGCACAUGGAACUCAAGCGACCCGCGCCAUUUCGGCGGCCGCCGGGCGGAGAGUUCAAGGGAGAACACGCGCGGGCUUACCAGCGCAAGGUAUUAAUUUGUACAACGUAGGUAAACGUGUUCUGAUGUUUGGCACGCAUGGAAAAUUGUAAAAAACCAUCUGGAGGACAUGGACAUGAGCAGCGUUGAUAUGGCCGAUCAUUUGUCUGGAAAUAUAUUUUGCGCGGUUUUUGAUGUUUGUAAAAACAAAUUUUGUUCACAGCAAGCCGAGAAGCAAUCGAAGCGGGAUCUCGUGGUGUGGCGCGAGCACAGUAUCAAAUGUAAAAAUGUCUGGGUCUGGAAACUUGUGAUGCUGGGUGGCGUCUCAUGAUGAGGCUACAAAUGCUGGCUCAGCAUGACAAGUUUCUGAGCUCCUAGGUGUUGCCUAUUCUGCACGACAAACUGCGCUUCUGCAUCACAGAAAAGCGGAGCUCUUGGGUAACGUGCGUGACAGAUUUAAGAGUCAUGCCAGACAAGCAUGACAAACAUGAAUUCUUCCAGACCCAGACAUUUUUACAGUUGAUACACAGUGAGCAGUGCCGAAUUCACCACCGCCAGAAGAGCAUGCUCGAUCGCUUUGCGCCGGGGAUGUUUGAUGAUUCAUCCUCAGACGACGAUCCCAAAGCGAAAGGAAAGAAAAGCAAAAGCUGAUGCUGAUUUGUACGGAUAUUGAAGAUCGCACCUCGGAUAGAUAUAGAUUUUUCCAUCUGGUCUGGUUUAAUCACAUCAGCAAAACCUUGUGCUGGCAGAGGGCUUUGGAGUAAGUCUUUAGUUUCAGAUUGAUUUCGCGCGGAUCUAAAGCUCGCGCUCCCUGUUGUAGGCCGAGAGCUGCCGCCUGGGUCGGUCGCUUCUCUGUAAGUACCAAAA